AUGCUCGAGUUCUUUACGUAUAAGAAAUUAAAGAAACACCGGGACGAGAAGGCUGAGAAGCAGAAACUAGAGAAGGAAAACGAUAAGGGUAAAGGAAAAGAGGAAAAGCCUAGCACUGAUGCUAUUCACUCCGAGUCUCCAAGCUCCCCCGAAAUUAUCUUGGAGCGUACUGAGGGUAUGCCUAUUCUCGACUUAGAGGAUGAGAAGUUUCUCGAGCGCCUGACCUCUCCGUCAGAUAGCGGCAUUAGUAUCGCCGACGGCGAUGAAACGCCACCACCUUUGCCUCCGCGCGUCAAGACGCCCGUCAUCGAGCUAGAUAGCGACGUUUCUAGCGUCGCUAGCAAAGAUGAGAGCAAGCAGGACGUCCCUGCUAAGAAUGGUGACGGAGGCAAGGGUAAAGGCAAAGAUAAGGAGAAGCAUAAGGGUAAGGAUAAGGACAAGCACGACGGCGAUAAACCCGAUCACAAACCCAAUCGCUUCUCCUUCGUCACCACCCUCUCGCGCAACAUCUCCCUCAAACGUAAACCCACCCACCACCUCUCCGUACCCCCCUCUUCCUCCACCCCCACCUCCUCCUCCUCCCCCUCCGAGCGCGAAGUCAACAAAGAAGAAACCGACAUCGCCCGCGUCCUCGAGGACCUCAACCUCGCCGCCUCCACGGACAACAAAGCCUUCAGCCUCUCGCGCGAAUCCGCCGAGACCCUGCGCAAAUUCACCCAGGUCCUCAAGGACCUGGUCAACGGCGUGCCGACCGCGUACGGCGACCUAGUCGGCCUGAUCGAGGACCGCGACGGCGCCCUGGCCAAGUCCUACGACAAGCUCCCCUCCAGCCUCAAGAAGCUCGUCGCCCAGCUCCCCGAAAAACUCACCUCGUCCCUGGCCCCCGAACUCCUGGCCGUGGCCGCCGAGGCCCAGGGGUUGAAGGGCGCGGGGGUCAUGAGUGCUGCGGAGGGGGGAGGAGGAGGAAGUAAGGCGGAUGCGGUGAAGAAGCUGCUUGGCACGAGUAAUCUCCUGGAAUUGGUGACGAAGCCGGGGGCCGUGGCGGGCUUGCUCAAGGGCAUUGUGAACGCGUUGAAGACGCGGUGGCCGGCGUUUGUGGGCACGAAUGUGCUGUGGAGCGUAGCGGUGUUUUUGCUGUUAUCCGCGCUGUGGUAUUGCUAUAAGAGAGGACGGGAGACGAGGUUGGAGAAAGAAGCUAGUGAGGUCGCGGGAACGGAGGGAGUGGUGGGACCGGAAGUGUUAGUAGAGGGGACGAAGGAGGGUGGCAAUGGGGAUGUGCCUCGUAUCGAAGGAGUGCCGGGUCAGCAGCAGCAGCAGCCGACGGUAUCUGUAUCUGCCCCGGCGCCUUAG